AUGUCCGGAAAGGACUGGGCUUAUGAUUUACUGCAGAGACGAAAUCUUAGCCUUCGGGUCCCACUGAAAACUAGUCGUGGACGUGUGAUGGGGUUCAACAAACAGCAACUGAGCAUCUUCUUUGAUAAUCUUUCGUCGCUGAUGGAGAGAUAUAAAUUUGAACCUCAUUGCAUACAUAAAAUGGAUGAGUCAGGAAUUACAACUGUUCCCAAAAAAGUUCUGAAAGUGAUUGCAACAUGCGGCAAAAAGGACAUAGGCAAAAUAGCAUCUGCAGUAAUAGAUCAGCCGAUAACGGUUGUAUGUUGUAUGGGAGCUGGGGGGAGUUACAUCCAUCCAGGAAUAAAAUUUUCUUGGAAAAGGAUGAAGGAGAGUUUGAAGAAUGGUGCCCCUCCUGGGUCACUAAUGAUGUGUUCGGACACUGGAUAUAUCAACUCAGAUUUGCAUCUUACAUGGUCACGUUUGAGUCUGAACGCCGUUCUUUACUGCAGGGACCAUAACAUUCACGUGCUUACCAUUCCUCCACAUCACAGCCACAAAAUGCAGGCACUGGAUCGCUACCUUUGCAAGCCACUGAAGGACUUUCAUUCACAGGAAUCUAUCAGUGGCUCAUUAACCACCCUGGAUAUGUAA